UGUCUUUUACCCUAGUAAUUCUCAAAGAUCGUCCUUCUUUAUUUUCUCUCUGCCAAGCAACUAAAGCUUCUUCUUUUCUAUUUUUUUCUCUCUGUAAACAAAGCUUCUUCUUCUGCAAUGUCGACCAAGGACAAAACAAGGAGAUCAUUGUUGUCGGUGAGAAACCGAAAAAGUUUCAAGAAACAACCUAAGACAACAAAUUUUGCUUUGAGAGAAAAGACCAUGUAUAAGAAAGCAUCCGAGCUUUCGAUCCUUUGUGAUGUCGAUGUCUGUGUUAUAUACUACAACCGUGACGGAGAACUCGUCGGGACAUGGCCGGAAGAUCAAUCCAAGGUUCGAGACAUGGCAGAGAGAUACAGCAAACUCAACGAUAGCGAGAGACGCAAGAAAAGCACAAACCUUUCUCAGUUUCUGAAUAAGAAGACCGGCCUCAAAGACAAGAAGACAUCUUUAGAUAUCAAUGACAAGAGAUUCUCUGAGAAACUUUUGGAGAUGGAGGCUUCGUUAGAGAGUAAUAUACGGGUGUUACAAGAUCAGCAUCUUCGGGUGUUACAGAACCAGACAGAACAACCCGAUCAGAACCCUCUGGUGUCUUCCGCUGGCUUCUUCACAACAUUGAUGAGCGGUGGUGCGUCAAAAACAGAGCAAUACCUAUCGACGCCUUCAUCGACUCAACAACAUCAGAGAAAAGUUUCAUUCUUUCUCUAUAACCAUGACAAUGGUAGCUUCUGUCAACUCCCUGACUCCUCUGUUUCUACCUUUGACCCAUCGACGAAGUUACAUUAUGAGUUUUAACUCUUUUAGCAAAAAGUCUCGAUUUAGUUAUAUUUAGGGUUUUGUUAG